AUGUGGCUCAAGUCGUGGGCGGGUCUCACAAUACUGGCCGGCCUCGCCGGCUCAGUCGCCGCUGUCACCCAAAUUACCGACGAUGAAAUGACAUCUCUCCUCAAUGCUGGUGGAGUCGAUCUGGCAGACAGAUAUGCACCUCUGUGGUUCUUCGGCCAGGCCAUGAGUAAACCCCCAUGCUAUCCGACCUGGGCAUUUGGCGGGUCGCCCACCACGGCCGAUAUCUAUAAUGAUGCCCACAAGACCCCUGCAGCCCCGCAGUGCGAGUAUCCCAAUGUUGGCUGCAACUGCAGAAAUCCUGGUGUUGCUAUCGGUAAUCGUGGUCCUGCAUUCCCGGUCUACUAUACCUAUCAGCGUUGCAGCGACACGGAGGUUCGCGUUGUGUAUAAUCUCUUCUAUGAGAAAGAUGGUGCAACCUUUGCUGGUAUUCAAACUGGUCAUGACUAUGACUGGGAACGAGUGAUCAUCAUCCAUUCGCGUGAUAGUAGCAACAUGUGGGCCCCAUCGCGUGCGCUCCUGUCAGCUCACAGCGGCUACCAUAACUUGGCAUGGGGCGAUAUCCAGAACACUCUCACGACGGAUGAGAUUAAUGCCGGUGAUGCAAAGACCCCCAACGGCGUGCAGAACAACGACCAUCCCAAGGUGUAUGUUUCAUGGUCGAAGCACGCGAACUUUGAUACUCGCAACACCGCCUGGAAUGACCCGGCUAGUCAGUCGCUGGAAGAUGCAUUCCGUAGUCAGGAUUGGUGGUACUUUGUUGACCCGCAAUACUAUAUCCGUGCUGACGAUAGCACCGAUGCUGGCAAGGCUAUCGGCGCUGCGAACUGGGGAGACGCCUCGAGUAAUCCACCAUCAGUGCAAGCGGGCGUCUGUAGUGCGUCAUAA